AUGAACGCAGAGGAGACGCUAUCAUCAGAUGAGCUGGAAUGUAAGAUAUGCUACCAAAAGUUCAACACUCACAGCCGCAAACCCAAGAUCCUAAACUGCCUUCACCGUGUCUGUGCCAGAUGCCUAUCCAAAAUCCUCCUCAUAGGCGGAGGGGCGCCAUGCAUCAGCUGCCCGUUUUGCCGCAAUGAGACUGAACUUCAGGAAGAAGAGGUGGCGGGUCUCCCGGAUGACACCAAUAUCUUGUCUAAGCUCGCCGAGCGGACCAUCUGCAAUUCAGACAGCAAUGAGGUGGUCCUAACCCCUAAGAACCUGGCGUCUUCUAGCCCUUCCCACGGCUCUUCGAACUGCCUAGUGAUCACCAUCAUGGAGGUACAAAGAGACUCCACAACGGACGCCCAGUCAAAACACCAUCUCGGACUACUACGCAGAGCACAGCAUGGACUCGGCUUCCGUGAGUUCCCAUGGCCAAAUCGACCACGACCUUUUUUCCAAGUUGUGCAACCAUGUCCCCAGGAUACUGGUCUGGCUGCUGGGCUUCUUUUACUUCGGCUCUUUGCCCCUUGGAAUAUAUUUGCUAGUUAUUCAGAAGGUGACACUUGGAAUUGUCUGUGUAAGCCUGGUACCCUCCAGCCUGACUGUAUGCCUGGUCUACGGCUUCUGCCAGUGCUUGUGCCAAGGCAUGUGCGACUGCUCAGCCAGGAGUUGACGAAUGCUGACACAACAAUGUGCUAUGUAGGCCAAUAG